GUUCCAAAAAAUUUGUGAUGAUAAUUUCAGGCAGUGUUAGAGGCUCUGGGAGGCAAAAGAUUGGUGCUUUUGCUAAUUUGGCAGCUUAUUAUCUUAUGGACAUACCUGUGGCCAUAGUUCUAGUCUUUGUUUUCCACAUUGGUGGGAAGGGGCUUUGGAUUGGAAUCAUAGUGGCCUUAAUCAUGCAAGCAUUGUGUCUUGCUAUUCUAACAAUAUACACUGAUUGGGAAAAAGAGGUGAAUAAUGCUUCAGAUAGAGUACAUAGCACAAAAGCUGCUAUUAGUGAUGAACUAUCAUGAUGCUAAUGUGAUAAUUCAUUAUAAAGGUUUAAACAUGUAUUUACUCUAAAAUACAGGU